AUGGCGUAUAAUCAUAGAGCCAGUCAGCAAUUCUAUGGCAGCCAACAACAACAGCAACAGGGUCGAGGCCGCAAGAAGGAAGAUGAUAGCGAUGCUCUGAUGCGCCUGCCAGACAAGGAAAUUGCUGGUUGCAUAAACGACAUAGGGGUCCCCUUUACCGCCGCUGAUCUUCUCAAACCGAAUCCGCAACAGAUCCAAAUGGUGCUAGAAUGGUUCGCCGAGCUGCUGAUGAAUACGACGAGAGAGACGAUUGAUCCUGCUAUGCGCGCGGCUGCUCAGGACAUUUGUGGCGACUAUCCGGACAUCGUGCCGAAUGAGACACGCAACCUGAUGGGUUUUUUUCUAAAUCUCCGACGACUUAUGAUUGAGUGUGGCGUAAACGACUUUACAUUCUCCGACCUUACGCGACCGACCCAUGACCGACUUGUGAAGAUUUUUUCUUACUUGAUCAACUUUGUCCGAUUCCGAGAAUCGCAAACCGCAGUAAUCGACGAGCACUUCAACAAAGCCGAGCGCACCAAAGCGCGUAUCGAAACCCUCUAUGCAGAAAAUCAAGAGAUCGAAGAACGAGUAAAUGAGAUGCGCGCCAACCAAAAGGCGCUCGAAGCUCAAGUCAAGGAGAAGACAGCGCGCAAUGAUGCGCUCAUCGGCGUGCUAUUAGCGCUGAAUCGGAAUCAAGAAAAAAUCGCAGAGGAACUGGAAAGGGUAAAGACUGACAAGGCUAAGAAACAAGCCACACUUGAAGAAAAGGUAGAGAAAGCGAUCCGAACGCGUCGGGAGAUCGAAAAGCUUCGACCAUACGUACAACAGAGUUAUGCAAGUUUACAAGCUUCUCUUACCGAGUUAUCAGAGAGCUUAGCACGCGAAAAAGCACAAGUGGACACGAUGGAAAGGCGUCUAAGGGCACUUCAAACAUCUACCGAUACAUUCAACGUUGUCGGAAAUGAGGUCCAAGCCUGCGUUAAAGUUCUCGAGGAUAUCUCUGUCGAAUUACAAAAAGAGGAAGAAGAGGACGCAAGAGCAGCAAGAAACAAAGACGCAAUUUCUGAGCGAGGCAAUAACGUACGUGAAGUGGCACAAACGGAGAAAUUGUUGCAACGGCAACUGGCAAGAUGGAACGAAAGAAUCGACACACUCCGCAAAAAUAGCCAGGAGAAACAAGAAAUUGCACAAGCUCGAAUGGAAGAGCUUCGCAAUACUCAGAGACAGCUGAGAGACGAGAGGGCCGAGAAGCAAAAGGCUAUGGAAAUCAAGAGGGUACGAAUCGAACAGACAGAGAAGAAGAUGGCGGAUCUCAAAGAAAACAUCGAAAACGAAAUCCACAGAGCACACGACGAGUAUUUGAAGAUGGAGUCGCACAUAAAGCUUUAUAUCACCGAGAUGGAAAAGUGUCUAUGA